AUGGUGGAGCCAUCCUCAAGUUUCGAAGAAGUGGAGGUGGUGAUAGUGGUGGUUCUGGUGGAAAUAGAAAAAGUCUCUUUAUUGGUACUGGGACUAUAUGGCUUUGCGGACGAGGAAGAAGUUUGCAUUUUCGUCGCCGUUGAAGUAGGGCUGAUCAUGGAAGAAAUCCGUGUUUUUGGUGAUAUCAUUGUGGAUGAGAGCGGAGGUUUCAUUGAUGUCGUGGUCGUGGGAGGAUCACUAUUCGUUAUAAUUUCCGAAGAAAUACUUGUAGAUGUAGGACUUGUGUUAGUAAAGCUUUCCUUCGGAGUAGAAGUUGAAGGGGUUGCCGUGGACGAUGUUGACUUUGUUUCUGUCGAAGUAAGUUUGGCCGUCGUCGUUGAAACAGUAGUGGAAGACGAGGUUGAUGUAGACGUAGAGGCAGAGGAAGUUGGAGUGGUCAGAUUGAAAAUGUAG